CUCAAGGUUGACUCAGCCUUCCAUCCUUCCGAGCACCAAAGCCGAAUUGGAGACAACAAUCGGCUUGUCCAGGAUUCCCUGCCUGGAUUCAAUUGGAAGACACCAACUACUACUGGAGGUUGCUCAGACAUGGACAAUGCUCCAGAUUAUUUAUUCAAACCCUAACAUAGUCCCUGCCACAAACCUCAACCACAGCCUGGGGAAAAGUAGCUCUAACAUUCCACUCAUGAAUAGCUUUAACUUGAAAGAUAUUCCCUCUAGAAUAGGCACUGAGUCAUGGCUGGAGAGGACCAAGGGGGAGAACCGUCCCAAAGCCAUUCUCAUGGAUUCGUCCUCAACUCUGAUCAAUAAUGAUGAGAACGAAGAGACAGAAGGAAGUGACGCUCCUGCUGAUUAUCUCCUGGGUGAUAUGGAAACUGAUGAAGAAGAUCUGUACAUGAUCGACCAUGAGAAUCCUCACACGUGGCUUCGUGGGCCACAUGAAACCACUUUGCAGGUCACAUCCGGCCCCCGGGCCUUGUGUUUGACAUGUCUGCUUUACGAGAAUCGCCUGCCGGCCAAUUUCUUCAACCUCAUUGUCCAUGACAUGCUGCUCUUCUAUGCCGAGCAAGGAGAUGUCCAGAUGGCCGUGUCGAUCCUGAUUGUGCUGGGGGAUUGCAUCAAGAAGGGGAUUGAUGACCAGACACAGGAACAUUGGUACAUGUCCUACAUUGACUUGCUGCAGCGGUUCCAGAUGUGGAACAUCUCCAAUGAAGUGAUCAAGCUGAGCACCUGCAGAGCCAUCCACUGCCUCAACCAGGCCUUCACCACCCUGCACAUCAACUGCAGCAACUGCAAACGGCCCAUGAGCAACAAGGGCUGGAUCUGUAACCGGUGCCGGCAGUGUGCCAGCAUGUGUGCCGUGUGCCACCAUGUGGUCAAGGGCCUCUUUGCGUGGUGCCAAGGUUGGUCAUCUACAGCAUAUCAUGAAAUGGCUGGAAACCAGCUCCCACUGCCCUACCGGAUGUGGUCAUGUUUGCAAAUACACCUGAAUUUAAAAAGAAUGUUUAUGUCCGUUGAGCCCCCCAGAACCUGGGGGCUGCCUAGAACUGAGAACCUCACUUGAGGGGGGGGAGAGACGGGAGGGAGACAGUCAUUAUGGUUGCUAAUCUAGAUAACUGCCAUGAAACCACAGCAGGUUGGGUGUUGCAAAAUGGACUGUAAUUUUUCUGCUUCCUGGAAAGACAAAAAAUAGCAUAGUCACAUGCUCAGGAGAUUCUGGUAGAAAACUUCACUUAAACCUUUCCUUCUAAUAUCCUGCUGUGGAGGCAGUUUGUUGUUAGCCAUGGUUCUGUACAAAACCUGCUUUACUAGCCAGGAUGGCUCCAGAAAGUUUCAGGCAGUUCUUUUUAUACCGAAUUAAACAAAGUGAAACUUACCACUUUUUCGUUUGCAUUUGCAAACCCCCUGUUCAAGCAGGAAACCCUAUACACGUGGUGGCAAACCUAUGGCAUGCGUGCCACAGGUGGCACUCAGAUCCCUCUCUGUGGGCACUCACGCCAUCACCUCAGUCCUAGGCCUUCAGC